GGUGGCAACUGCAAACUUGAGAAGCAGUCUCAGGCUCAUUUUCAGGUCUCCUCAAAGGCAGCAAGUCCCAGGGCAGCUGCAAAGAGAGCCGAUUCAGCUGCGGAGGGACCAGGACCAUGUGGGCGCUCCCUCUUUGGCUCUGGAUUCUCUUCCCCGGUUGCAUGGCACUGAUAGGCCCUGAAAUAGUAACGGGCCCUGAAGGUGGGUCGGUGUCCGUGACAUGCAAAUACAACAGAGGUCACGAGAAGAACGGGAAACUCUGGUGUAGAGCAGGGCCUUCCAGCCGCUGUUCCAGUGGGGAGCACACAAUACACACCAAUUGGUCAGAGGCCAAUGUGCAAAAGGGCCGCUUAUCCCUUCAGGACAACCACAUCCUGCGCACAUUCACGAUUACCAUGGAGCACCUGACCAAGGCCGAUGCUGGCACCUACCUGUGCGGGGUGCUGAUUGCUUUCUCGAGUGAUCUCAGGCACGCUGUGGAGGUGACCGUGUCCCCAGUGCUGUCACCCAUGGAGCCCCCGGUUUCUACUGAGUUCACAGCAUCCAUUUUCACCUGGAGAAUUUCUACAGAGAGCCAAGUCAGCGGUUUCCCUGCUGUACACAACAUGUCCCAAAGCUCCCAGGACAGCCACAUCCACUUCGUGCUCCUGGUCGGCCUGAAGGUGCCCGUGUUCCUGUGCAUGGUCUGCACUGUGGUGUGGGUGAGUGUGCGCUACAGGGGCAGCUCCAACGACUAGACGCCACAGACACGAUCCAGGAAGGACUGGGACCACCACAACGAUGACACCUCCAUCUGUCCUGUGUUCUGCACCUCGCAUGUACCAGGCCUGAUUGCCCUCUCCCUUACACUGGAGUGAAUCUGGAGUGAAAUUACUGGAGUCACCCUGGGAAGAGCCCUUUCCCACUGAGCCAAAUCCAGCGCCCUUGAGAGCAGAGUGAGGCCCAGACUCUCCAUGUUCUCCAUGGAUAGAAAACAUGUCGCCCAGGGAGCAGUUGGAGGCUGUUCCUAUGAGAGGAGCAUGUUCCUGGCCUCUGGAAGCGGAUGUGUCUGGGAGGACCUCAAUGCCUUCUGCACAGAGAACAUGACAAUA